AUGAGUGCACCACCUAAAAGUGAUGCACCAAUAAUUACAAGUGAUGAACUUGCUGAAGGUGAUGGAUUUGUAUUUGGAUUUCCAACUAGAUUUGGAAUGAUGUGUGCUCAAUUUAAGGCAUUUCUUGAUUCUACUGGAGGUUUGUGGAGAACUCAACAACUUGCAGGCAAACCAGCAGGCAUUUUCUUGAGUACUGGCUCUCAAGGAGGUGGCCAAGAGACUACUGUAUUGACAGCGAUAACACAACUUGUACAUCAUGGAAUGUUGUUUGUACCAACUGGCUAUUCAUUUGGAGCAGGAAUGUUUGAGAUGGAGAAUAUUAAAGGUGGAAGUCCCUAUGGUUCUGGAACUUUUGCUGGUGAUGGUUCUAGACAACCAACACAACUUGAAUUGGAACAAGCAUUUCAUCAAGGCAAGUACAUUGCCACAAUCACAAAAAAACUCAAAGGCUCUACUUAA